GACGAUGCUGUUUGGGUCCCUUUUCGUUGCACGAGGACACCCACAUGUCUCUGUAACCACAGUCUACCUCACUUUUGACUGUUAAAUUUGAUAUAAAACUAAUUUCAGACAUGGACACUGAUAAAAAUACAACCCCAGACGCUGGCGCUACCAUGGAGACUAAAGAUGACACGGAGUCUUUCACAAAAGUAAAGUCUAGAAAGACUCAGAAACGAAAACGUGAACAAGACGGAGUGGACAUGGACACAGAGGGGCCCGUGGCAAGCAAGCGGCCGCAGUUUCCACCAAUUUCAAGCGACAAAUUAAGGGGACCAGAUGAGAUGCGCAAAAUCGCCGUCCCAGCUCACAGAUAUACCCCACUGAAGGAAAACUGGCUGAAGAUUUUCACCCCCAUUGUAGAGAACCUACAGCUUCAAGUUAGAUUCAAUCUCAAAACUAGGAAUGUUGAAAUCAAAACAUGCAAAGAAACACAGGACAUUGGCUCGCUCACAAAAGCAUCCGAUUUUGUUAAAGCGUUUGUUCUGGGAUUCCAGGUUGAAGAUGCCCUAGCUCUCAUCAGAUUAGAUGAGCUUUUCCUAGAAAGCUUUGAUGUCACAGACGUGAAACCUCUGAAGGGAGACCACUUAUCCAGAGCCAUCGGAAGAAUAGCAGGGAAGGGAGGAAAGACUAAAUUCACCAUUGAAAAUGUUACAAAGACUCGCAUUGUGCUUGCAGAGACAAAAGUUCACAUAUUAGGGUCUUUUCAGAAUAUCAAGAUGGCCCGUACAGCAAUAUGCAACUUAAUCUUAGGAAGUCCACCUUCAAAGGUCUACGGUAACAUCAGGGUGGUUGCUAGCCGGACUGCCGAGAGAUUCUGAAGUCUUGAUUGGCUGCUGUGUGUAUUUAUCUUUUCCCUGUUGGCUGGUGGAAUUCCCACAUUGAUCUGUGACCAUUGACUCCCUCUUGGACUGACACCUCAGAUUUCUCUGCUAUGACCUCAUGAAUUAAGCUGACACGUUUUUGGAUCAGUUGACCCAAACACAAGGCAAAAUCAUGAUGCAUGCAUAAACAGAGUUCACUUGUAUUAGUUUAUGUAAAUAAAUAAUUUCAAUCCACAUUAA